UUAUGGCUUAAGUUUCCGUCACUGUACAUGCACGUGUUGCUAUUGUAUCGAGUUGCAACAAGAUAACGAAAGUAAAAUCCUCAUUAAUUACGCAAAGUAGAUGCGAGAAAGUUAAAUUAGUAAAUCUAAUUUAUUAGAGAAAUGAAAACUUUUAUUAUUAAAUGUAAAGAAGAUAAUUCUUACUGCAUGGUCGAAGCACACAAUGUAAUUUGUGAUGAAAAUAUGAUAAAAAAUGGUGAAACAGUAGAUUUCUUUUGGAAUAAAAAGAAAUUUACAGGAAAAGUCAUUAUGAGUUCUGAAAACGUUGCAAUAUUAAAUGAAGAGCUGGAUAAACUAAAAAAUGAAAAUAAAUCUAAAAAACGUCUAUUGCCAAAAAAUGAACUAUUGAGCAAGAGAAAAAUAAUUAAAAAACAAAUUUUCUCUGUAUCACCUAAAGCGACUUCUAGUAAAAAAAUUAAUAGAAGCAAAACCGUCAAAAAGAUUCACCAAAAUUUAGAUAAAAUAGAAAUUAGUAGUGAAAGUGAUGAAGAGGCAAAUUCAACACUUCCACCUGAUCUCACAAUAGAACAAUUGCAAGCAAUAGCUAAGAAAUAUUAUAAACUAAAAAAUAAUAAUGACUUAGAAACGAGUGACAAUGUAGAUUAUGCAGAAAAAGAUAACAAAUCAAAUAUAAAGACAGAUGAAAAAGGUGAAAAUGUAAUAAAAGAAACGUGUAAAAACAUAAAUGUAAAAGAAAGAAAUGAAAUGGAAAAUAAAGAAAAGAGACAAGCAGAUGUAGUAGCAGAAAUUAAUAAAAAUGAAGAUAUAGAAAAAGGAGAAAUUGUUGAUGCUAAUGCCAAACAAUUAUUACAAUUCUGGACUAGUGAUGAUAUGGUUCAUCUUCAAGAUGGGAUUUACUGCAAACAGAAAAUUUUAGAUUACGCGAUAGGAAGCUCUCAUAGAGCUUCACAUGUAGCUCGAAAAUUAUUAGAAGACGUCUUUCAUGAAUCCGCUCUUCUUCAAUGUACAUUUACUGGUCAAGCGCCUCGAGCGGCAGAAAAAAAUGAACAAGAAAAAGUUUUAUGUUUACAUGAUAAAGCUAAACAAACUUUUGCCAAAGAUAUAGCUAAGCAAAGAGGUUAGAUGGAACAAACUGAUGAAAAAAUCCGUCAAGCAAUGAGCCAACGACUUGGGAAAAUUAAAAAAGACAGAAGAAAGAAAAGAAUUAAAAUAAGUUUAGUUUUGUUUCUUAUCAAAGUUGUUUUUCUCACAUAAUUUUACAUGUUUUUAAAAAUAUUUUUAUAAUUUUUAUAUAUGCUACAAUUUAAGUAUGUUAUGUUCAGUCUUCGGCACGAUUUUUCAUGCUAGAUCGCAUAAUAAAAUGAAAAAUCCUAUCGUGUGCUGAAGGCUUUACUCAAUGAUAUUUUUUUAUAACUAUAUAAGUAACUAUAUAUUAUUUAAGAAAAUGUUUUUCUUUAAGCCAAAGAAAUUAUAAAAGUUUCUUUUAUAAAUUUAAACACUAAUUUUUAGUUUGAAACAUAAAUUAAAGAUUAUAUUAGUAUAUAUACUGCAUACAUGCAUAUAUUAUGCUAUGCAUAUGUCCACUGAAGAAAAGAAGUUGUAUGACUAAAAUAUUGUAUACUUUUGUAAAACGUAUAUUAAUAUAAAAAAAUAAAAAUAAUUACAAAAAUCAAU